GAGCUGCAUUCUGGAAUGAGAUAAGGAGUUAUUCUACUUUCCUGUAAAAGGUGCUCUGCACAAUCUCUCACAGUCUCCUCUUUGAAACAGAUGAAAGCAUUCCAGAGUCUGCUGUUGCAAACUACACCAAAUCUCGUGGAACUGUGGUGUGUACAUGUAUUCGAGGAAGAAGGCCAAAUAACAGUUUUUGGGCACCGCCCUGCCAGUGGGUCUCUGCUAGGCAAUAUAAACAGGACCAACCUGCAUCUUUCAUUCACCAGUUGAUGCUUACUCCAAGAAUACAAAAGAAGAAGCAGACUAUUAGAAACCUACAAGAAUGGAAUAUAGGAACAUUUUCCUUGGCUUUCUCAUCUGCUGCAUUUUGGUUAUAACCAGUAGCUCUUACAUGAUAUUUGAGGAAAAGCAGAACACGAACAACAGUGCAGUAAAUAAUAACAAAAUCAAGUUCCCGGAUCUUCCACACAUCUCCAUAGUAGAUUUAACCAAAACCUCCCUGAAGUUAAGUAGGAAAGAAGCUGAGAAGAAGAAAUCUGUGAAGAAAAAAGUUCAGCAAAAAAAGCCUCCCCGACCAAGACCUUCACCUGCUCCCAACUGUGUGCCUACUUGGGCAAGCUGCAAGUCCUCAUCUCGUCCAUGCUGUGAUUUUUGUGCUUACUGUUACUGCCGACUAUUUCAGACAGUCUGCUAUUGCCGAAUGGGAAAUCCAAAUUGCUAAACGAAAACCAGGAAUCUCACUGAGACUCAGGACUCUGUUCCAUGGUAGGGGUGGAAAGGAGGGGAGUAUCAUAUUACCAUGACGUUAUGUCCCAUAGCGUUAUAAAGGACAUCUUUCUGUUUGUCA